AUACACAGCAUUUCCUCUUUUUCCUCCUCCCAUCAUCCAUAAAGUUAGCCAACUCAAAAAAGAAAGCCAAAUUACAAGCAACUCAAAAACAUUCUUUCCUUUCUUUGUAUCAAAGACAGCUGCAGACAAAAACUAGUUGAUUUUUCUCCAUCACUUUGCCUUUUUGUGAUAACCUCUUUUUCCCUUCUUCUGAAACAUCCAUGGAUAGUGCUCAAUGGACGCAGGAAUUUGGAGUUGAAAGAUCAGGGACAGAAGGUGCUCCAAAUGCAUGCAGCAAGCCAGCAACAAUGGAGAGAAAAGUGAGGCCACAAAAAGAGGAAGCUAUAAAUUGCCCAAGAUGCCACUCCACAAACACCAAAUUCUGCUACUACAACAACUACAGCCUCACCCAGCCAAGAUACUUCUGCAAGACGUGCCGGCGCUACUGGACCGAGGGCGGAACCCUAAGGAACGUUCCGGUGGGCGGAGGCUCUAGAAAGAACAAGAGAUCUUCUUCUUCUUCCUCUCUCACAAGCAAUUCCCCAUUUUCAUCUCAAAACCCUAAAAUCCAGCAUCAUGGCCAUGACCUCAAUAUAGGGUUUCAAGCAGCUGCUGGCCCACCACAUGAUUACAGCCAGUUUCUUGACUUCCCUAAGAUUCAGAGCGCCAUCAACAACUCUGCAAACACCUCCUCUUCCACAACUGCUCCUCUCUCAACCUUAAAUUUCUUCACCAAUGGCGGCGGCAUUGCGGCUAGGGGUUUGAAUUCCUUCUUCCCCACUCUUCACGAUCAAAACAGUGCCAUCUUCGCAUCGGGUUUCCCGUUUCAAGAAUGCAAGCCGGCGCCACUCUCGUUCCCCAGAGACGGUGGUGGGAGUCUAUACGAGAACUCGAACUCAAACUCAAACUCGAAUAGUGUCCCUCAAGAGGGCGUGAAUGGAAGCCUGAUGUUUGCAUUGGGUGCAACGAGACGAAACUCGAGCGAUCAAGAUCAAGAUAAGGGGCAGGAGAAUUCGAAUGGAUUAAUCUGGAAUGGAAUGUUAGGUGGAGGUUCUUGGUGAAGAAAAAUAACAACAAGUAGGCUGCUUUGAUCACUUUUUCUUCUUUUUUUUCUUUUAUCAAUAUUUAUUUCUUGUUUUUGUCUAUCUUUUUAUUUCUAUGGUGUCAUGGUUGGUUAGCUGUUUGGGAGUUUUAAGAACUAACAUACAUACUGCAUAAAGUGUUAUGUAUUUCUUACUUUUAUUUUCACUUUUAAUUAAGUAGUAAUUGAAGCUAACUAACUAGGUAGCUUCCAUGACCUAAA